GCUAAGUAGGGAAUGGGACUCAAGAGUUGCAAGCACUUCAUCACCCUUGUGAUGCCACUUUGGGCCUUGGCCUUUUGCCUCCUUGUGGUGGUACCGGUCCCAGCACAGACAACUAGUAUGGAGACAGCAAAAGAAGAACGGCGUCUACAGGAAUUGGAGUCCAAAAUGGGAGCGGAAUCAGACCAGUCAAACUCCAAUUUCGCUGGUCCAUCAUUCUCGCGUUUUGGGGACAGGCACAUCCAGAAAACUCUUAGUUUCGGUAGAAGAGUGCCGAUGAUUUCUCGCCCAAUGAUGCCAAUCGAAUUGGACCUCCUUAUGGAUAAUGAUGACGAUCGAACAAAAGCUAAACGGUUUGACGACUACGGACACAUGAGGUUUGGUAAGAGAGGAGGAGAUGAUCAGUUCGAUGACUACGGCCACAUGCGCUUCGGCCGGUAAACCUAAGCCAACCAUUUGUCGAUGAAUAGUCAUUAACGGGCUGUUUGUGCAAGUUGUAUAUAUACGAAUAUAUAGAAAACUGCUGCGGUAACUAGUACAUACAUAGUAAUAAAUGUUCGCAU